AUGCCUAACUACAAGGUUGCCGACAUCUCGCUCGCCGCUUUCGGCCGCAAGGAGAUUGAGAUCGCCGAGGGUGAGAUGCCCGGUCUCAUGGCGCUCCGAACCAAGUACGGCUCCGAGCAGCCCCUCAAGGGCGCCCGCAUCGCUGGUUCGCUUCACAUGACCAUCCAGACCGCCGUCCUCAUCGAGACGCUCACCGCCCUCGGUGCCCAGGUCACCUGGGCCUCGUGCAACAUCUUCUCCACCCAGGACCACGCCGCCGCCGCCAUUGCUGCCACCGGUGUCCCCGUCUUCGCCUGGAAGGGUGAGACCGAGGAGGAGUACGACUGGUGUCUCGAGCAGACCAUCACCGCCCACCCCGAGGGCCCCAACAUGAUCCUCGACGACGGUGGUGACCUCACCUGGCUCGUGCACGACAAGCACCCCGAGCUUCUCGAGAAGAUCAAGGGUGUCUCGGAGGAGACCACCACCGGUGUCCACAUCCUCUACUCUGCCAUGAAGAAGGGAACCCUCAAGCUCCCCGCCAUCAACGUCAACGACUCGGUCACCAAGUCCAAAUUCGACAACUACUACGGAUGCCGCGAAUCGCUUGUCGACGGUAUCAAGCGCGCCACCGACGUCAUGCUUGGCGGUAAGGUCGCCAUCGUUGCCGGUUUCGGUGAUGUCGGAAAGGGUUGCGCCGAGUCGCUCCGUGGCUACGGCUGCCGCGUCAUUGUCACCGAGAUCGACCCCAUCAACGCUCUCCAGGCCUCUAUGGCCGGCUACCAGGUCGACAUCAUGGACGACGUCGCCUCGCAGGCCGACAUCUUUGUCACCACCACCGGCUGCCGUGACAUCAUCACCGGCAAGCACUUUGAGGCCAUGAAGGACGACGCCAUUGUCUGCAACAUUGGCCACUUCGACAUUGAGAUCGACGUUGCCUGGCUCAAGGCCAACGCCCAGAGCGUCAGCAACAUCAAGCCCCAGGUCGACCGAUACACGCUCAAGAACGGCAAGCGCAUCAUCCUGCUCGCCGAGGGCCGUCUGGUCAACCUCGGAUGCGCCACCGGCCACCCCUCGUUCAUCAUGUCGGCUUCGUUCUGCAACCAGACGCUCGCCCAGAUCGCCCUCUGGAACGACAACAAUGGCCAGUACAAGCGUGGUGAGGUCUACAUGCUGCCCAAGGAGCUCGACGAGGAGGUCGCUCUUGCCCACCUUGGCCGACUCAACGUCAGGCUCACCAAGCUCACCAAGGUUCAGGCCGACUACCUCGACCUUCCCGUCGACGGCCCUUACAAGCGUGACACCUACAGUGCCAAAAGACCAGCAGCGAGCACACUUCGACUGUCCCGCCUACACACAUCUAUCAGCAGCGUCGCUGUCGCCAAGGUGUCGCCCUCUCCCUUCACCUCCAACAUCUCCUCGUCAAGAGGCAGCUUACUUCAAGCCUCUGGAAAGGGUGUAGCACUUCGCUUCUCAGGACCGCAGCAACAAGCUUUCGGUCUCCAACACCUCAACACUUCUCGAUCCACCUCCACUUCGGCUUCUUCGGCGAGCAACAACGACGACGACAUGGGUGCCAUCGCAACAGGACGGGUCGACACGACCCAGCGCGUCCAAGCUCUCCGUCAGCUCAUGUCCAAGCAUGGCGUCACUGCAUACGUGAUCCCAUCGGGCGACGAGCACGCUUCCGAGUACCCUGCCGAAUCGGAUCUGCGCAGAGGCUACAUCACAGGUUUCACCGGCUCUGCCGGCUCGGCGGUUGUCACCACCAACAAGGCGCUUCUCUUCACCGACGGACGCUACUUCCUUCAGGCUGGUCAGCAGCUCGAGCCUUCGGUGUGGACGCUCAUGAAGCAAGGCGAGCCUAGCGUGCCCACUUGGCAAGAGUACCUCUCCAAGAACCUCCCCGCCAACUCCAAGAUCGGCAUGGACGCCUCGCUCAUCUCUGCCGACGAUGCGAAGGACAUCACCGCCGAACUCAGCAAGAUCGGCUCUAGCCUCGUACCCAUCCGCGAGAACCUUGUGGAUCAGGUCUGGACGGAGCGCCCUUCGCGACCGGGCCAGCCCAUCUUUGUACUCAAGGACGAGAUCGCCGGUCGUUCGUCGUCCGACAAGAUCCGCGAAUUGCGCGACGAGAUUAAGAAGAAGUCUGCUCACGGCUUCGUUGCAAACAUGCUCGACGAGGUGGCUUGGCUGUUCAACCUGCGUGGAACUGAUGUGCCUUACAACCCGGUCUUUUUCUCCUUUGCCCUGGUGCUUCUUGAGAAGGUGCUGCUCUACGUCAACGACCACCAGCUCGACAACGACGUCAAGAACGCUCUCGGCUCGGAAGUCACCCUCCGACCCUACGCCGAGUUCUACAACGACCUUCACAAGGUUGGUGCGGAGCUCGGCGAUGGUCACAAGAUCCUGAUCGGCAAGAGCGCAUCGUUGGCCGUGCAGGAGGCUCUGGGUGGUGCUUCCAAGGUCGAGAUCGUUCGAUCCAUCGUGGUCGACCAGAAGUCGAUCAAGAACGACGUCGAGUUGGAAGGGUUCCGUCAGAGCCACAUUCGCGAUGGAGCCGCGCUGUGUCAGUACUUUGCCUGGCUCGAGGAGCAGCUGCACGCCGGGAAGAAGGUGACCGAGUCCGAAGGUGCCGACAAGUUGAGCCAGUUCCGACAGUCGCUCCCGCACUUCCGAGGCGAAAGCUUCACAACGAUCUCAUCGACUGGUCCUAACGGCGCCAUCAUCCACUACAGUCCCGAUCCUUCGAGCUGCCCUGCGAUCGAUGUCAAUGAGAUCUACCUCUGCGACUCGGGUGCUCAGUUCACCGACGGAACCACCGAUGUCACACGCACGUGGCACUUCGGCAAGCCCGCACCCGAACACAUCCGUGCUUUCACCCGUGUUCUUCAGGGUCACAUUGCCAUCGAUCGAGCCAUUUUCCCCAAAGGAACCACGGGAUAUCUUCUCGACGUCCUGGCCCGUCGUGCGCUCUGGGAAGACGGUCUCGACUACCGUCACGGAACCGGUCACGGCGUCGGACACUUCCUCAACGUCCACGAGGGUCCCCAGGGCAUCGGAACGCGUGCCGUGUUCAACGAAACCAGUCUCAAGGAGAACAUGGUCAUCUCCAACGAACCUGGAUACUACGAAGAUGGCAAGUGGGGUAUUAGGAUUGAGAACCUGGUCAUUGUGAGGCCUGCAAAGACACCGAACAACUUUGGCAGCAAAGGAUACUUGACUUUUGAACAUUUGACCAUGUGUCCGAUCCAGGUUUCGUUGGUGGAUGCGGAUCUGUUGACGAGGGAGGAUAAGCAGUGGUUGAACGAGUAUCAUGAGGAGGUGUUGGCGAAGGUGGGUCCGCUGUUGAAGGAGGACAAGAGGGCGCAGGAGUGGUUGAAGAGGCAGUGUGCGGCGAAAGUUUGA